CAUAUACACAUUAUAUUGCCAAAAGUGUUUGGAACACUUGAAUCCAAUAAUUUGGAGGGGUGUCCCAUCCCCUGCAUGGCCACAGGUGUAUAAAAUAAAGCACCUAGGCAUGCAGACUGCUUCUACAAGCAUUUAUGAAAGAAUGGGUCGCUCUCAGGAGCUCAGUGAAUUCAAGCAUGGUGCCUGUAUUAGGUUGCCACCUGUGUAAUAAGUCCAUCCAUGAAAUUUCCUUGCUAUUAAAUAUUCUACGGUCAACUGUUAGUGGUAUUAUAACAAAGUGGAAGCAACUGGAAACAACAGCAGCUCAGCCACGUAAAAUGACAGAUCAGGUCAAACAACAGCAACUCAGUCAUGUGAAAUGCUGAAGCGCACAGUACUCAGAAGUCUCCAACUAUCUGCAGAGUCAGUAGCUAAAGACCUCCAAAACUUCCUGUGGCCUUCAGAUUAGCACAACAACAGUGUGUAGAGAGCUUCAUGGAAUGGGUUUCCAUGGCCGAGCAGCUGCAUUCAAG